AUGCCAGUCCGAAAGCCUGAUUUGCAUCCGCUGAAGACGCCGAAGACCUUCGUCUUCCCUUCAGAGAUACAGAAGGAUUCCAAGACCCUCACCGUUGAUAACAUCAAGCGCGAAGAUGGAAGCGCAACGCCUAUUACCCCUCCAUUGGCAUAUACCGAUUUCCUUAAUGCCUUAACUCCUGUAUUCACAACUCCUGUCAGCGCUGGUGGUUUUCCAAAAUUUCCAACCGAAAAAAGUGACCCGUCGCCAAUCUCGCAGCCGUCUACUGCAACAAGUCCCGCACUCUCUGGGGUUUCUGACAAGUCGCCUGUCACACCAGCCGUCACCCUCCCACCACCCUCCCCUUGCACUGUAAAAUCUGCCAAGGCCCCGCCUGCGCUACGACGACUACGCAUUCCCCAGUCACUCAGGUCAUUUUCAAAAGACUCCCCGCGAACUGCCACCCCGUGUAGUGCAAGUCCGUACAGCGCGGGACCCUAUAGUGCGACCCAAUGGAGCGCACUUCCUCGCAGUGCGGCCAGUCUUCGAUCGCCAUUUUCCCCGUCAGAUUGGAAGCUUCGAUAUCUCGAGGCACCGAGAAGCGCAACGACAAAGCCAGUCAGCGUCAGACAAGUCGUGACCCGCACGAUUACAUACAAGCGUACCCCGCUUGAUCCCCCGCCAAAGGGGAAGAGACGCAAGACUCAAGAAUGUCGAGACGUUUGA